AUGAAGGUCUUGCUUGUUUUAUACUCUGCUGGUCAACACGCCCAAGACGAACCCAAGCUUCUCGGUUGUACCGAAAAUGAGCUUGGACUUCGUAAGUGGUUAGAGGCCCAAGGACAUGAACUUGUCACUACCGCUGACAAGGACGGUGAGAAUUCCGAACUCGACAAGCACAUUGUUGACGCUGAAAUUGUCAUCACCACUCCUUUCCACCCUGGUUACAUUACCAGAGAGCGCAUCAACAAGGCUAAGAACCUCAAGAUCUGUAUCACAGCUGGUAUUGGUUCUGACCAUGUUGAUCUGGCUGCUGCCAAUGAGCGAAAAAUCGCCGUUCUUGAAGUUACUGGAUCCAACGUGCAAUCCGUUGCCGAACAUGUUCUUAUGACCAUGUUGGUACUUGUCAGAAACUUUGUCCCUGCUCACGAGCAGUAUGUCAGUGGUGGCUGGGAUGUCGCUGCAGUUGCCAAAGACUCUUAUGAUCUUGAAGGUAAAGUCAUUGGUACCGUCGGAGUUGGAAGAAUUGGUACCCGAGUUCUUCAAAGAGUCAAGCCUUUCAACCCCAAGGAAAUGCUCUACUUCGAUUAUCAACCAUUAGCACCAGAACUUGAGAAGGAAAUCGGUGCCAGACGUGUUGAUAAGCUUGAAGACAUGUUAGCUCAGUGUGAUGUUGUAACCAUCAACUGUCCACUCCACGAGAGCACCAAGGGCCUCUUCAACAAGGAAUUGAUCUCAAAGAUGAAGAAAGGUGCAUGGUUGGUUAACACCGCCAGAGGAGCCAUUGUCGUCGCCCAAGACGUUGCUGACGCUCUUAGAUCUGGUCAAUUAAGAGGCUAUGGUGGUGACACCUCAUUCCCUCAACGUAAGUAUUAA